AUGCUUUCUUUUAAAUCCCUUGUAUUGAACGUGCUUGGAAGAACUUCUGGGGCUAGCCUGACCGAACUGUUUGACAAGACAGAUCCCACGGUCGAUGGUGAUGACUGCCUACACGACUGCGACAGUUGCAUCGUGGAGUACCCUAAGAGGUUCAAGGUUGAGCAGAGCCACGUGCUGUACGGAAAUAUUAAAGGUUGGAGCAGUCACCUGUUGGUAGCAACGGCCAAAUCUGACUGGGUGAGGAAUGUCGCCAACGAAAAGGGAAGCAUCAUGGAGGCAUUGGAUAAGGCUCAUGGGCCAGAGAACGACAGGUUGAUGCUUUCUGCUUCGAAUAUUCCUACACCUGACGGCAGUCCUGAUUAUUCGAAACCUACUUGCGGGCUCCUUCUACCAGCCUUCGUUUCCAUCUAUAACAUCACAGCAAAGAACGUCCCGCAGCUUAUCAACCUUGUCGAUAUGGCGCCCACAACCUCAUCCCCUUUGGAACCUUCUGUUCUACCAAGGACAGUAUCUAGCCCCGAUCCAAACAUCCCAGUCAUCACCACCAAGGCAUGCCCGCACAACGCCAUUAUAUUAUUGUGUAGUCACAAAUCGAGGGAUGCACGUUGCGGCCAGAGUGCGCCCUUACUGCGUAAGGAAUUCGAACGCCACCUACGACCACUUGGCCUGUACCGUGACCUACAUGAUGAACGGCCCGGAGGUGUAGGUAUCUACUUUAUCAGCCACGUCGGCGGCCAUAAAUAUUCUGCCAAUGUGAUAAUAUACCGUCGACCGAAUGCCUUUGGUCAAGACGACAUUUCGGUUCCAAAGAGCAAUGGCGAGGGUCAAGAACAUGAGACUAGGGACGGAAGCGAUCUUGGUGCCUCGCAGUGCAUCUGGCUAGCACGUGUGCGACCAGAAGACUGCGAGAACUUGAUCAGGUACACAGUCAUGAAAGGGAAGGUGGUGAAGCCAGAGCACCAGUUAAGAGGAGGGUUUGACCGGGCCAAGGGAGUGAUGAGUUGGUGA